AUGAGUAAGGAAAAGGGCUCUGAUGACAUUACUGACGGCCAAGGUGCAUAUGGGAGUGGUGAACGAGAAGACAAGAAGAAAGGAGGGCUUGCAAGUUUCACAAUCUCUUAUGAUGAUUUGGAUGCAGUCGUCCUGGGUGUCCCUGUAAGAGAGGAAAUGAAAGAGAAUGUAUCUCUGCAUGAAAAUGAGCACGAGAGUGUCACACUUACAGAUGGAGUUGACUCUGAGAAAUGUAUUUCUCAUUUGUUUUUCCUUCCAAAGGGAGGAUACCCUGCAGAUAUGAUGAUGGACUUUGCAACUGAUGAUGAUUUCCAUCCUGCUUUGCCAUUCUUCCAACGGGUGGACUCUGCUGAUAUCAUUUAUGAACAGAAAAAGAAAAGGUGCAAAAUCAUAGCUGGACGAUAUGCCAUGGGUGAUCUUCUUGGUGAAGGCAGCUAUGGGAAAGUGAAAGAGUGCUUGGACUGUGAAACCCUCUGCAGGAGAGCAGUGAAAAUUCUUAAGAAGAAGAAAAUCCGGAGAAUCCCUAAUGGAGAGCAAAAUGUACAGAGAGAAAUUCGGCUGUUGAAACGAUUGAGUCAUCCAAAUGUGAUUGGACUUUUUGACCUCCAGUAUGAUGACACGAAGAAGAAGACGUAUAUGAUCAUGGAAUAUUGUGUUGGUGGCCUGCAAGAGCUCAUAGAAAGUACAGAAAAGAAAAAGCUGCCAGUGUGGCAGGCACAUGGCUACUUCUGUCAACUGCUGAGGGGGAUUGAGUACUUGCAUGGUCAAGGAGUGGUUCACAAGGACAUCAAGCCAGGGAACCUAUUACUUUCCACUGAAGGUGUACUCAAAAUCUCGGACUUUGGUGUUGCAGAACUGAUUGAUCCUCUGGCACCAGAUGACACUCUGACGAUGAGUCAAGGUACCCCAGCGUUCCAGCCACCAGAGAUUGCCAGUGGCCAGGAUACCUUCUCUGGCUUCAAGGUGGACAUCUGGGCAUGUGGUGUCACUCUGUAUAACCUCAUCACUGGGAUAUACCCAUUUGAAGGAGACAAUAUUUACAGGCUGUAUGAAAACAUUGUGAGUCGAGAAAUGCUCAUGCCCACUGACCUGGAGCCUAGUUUGCAGAAUCUCCUGCAAGGAAUGUUGGAAAAGGAACCGAGUAAACGCUUCACCCUGUAUCAGAUUCAGCGUCAUGACUGGGUGAAGAAGCACUUUCCAAUGACAAGUGAGUGUGUCCCCAUCCCAGCAAUGAAUGGAGACACAUGUCGCAGCAUGACUGUGAUUCCAUAUCUCCACAACCUGCAUUUUGGCAGUGACGAUGAUGAAGAUGUUGAGUAUGUCACAGAACAUGACCUUGAAGUGAUGCGGGGAAGACGGAAGGGAUCUGGAGAUUUUGGGAACCACUCAGGGAUUCACUCAAAAUCGUCAAAGGAGAAACACAAGAAGGACAAAGCUAUGAUUCGCAAGCGGAACUUGUCUUUCUGCAAGCCUUCCUAGAUUCAUCUCUGUGAUGUGUGUGUGACUGUAUGACUGCAACAAAUUCAUUUUAGGCUAGAAUCGCCCAGACUGUGAUCUAGAGAAGAAAUACAGUGAAAUCCUGGUUUUCAUCAGACCUUCCUUAAAAACAGAAGCAGCUCAUGGAGAACUGCAUUCUUUUAGAUAUGUGUGACCUUCUGCUCAAAGUAUCCCAUGAAAAUCCUAGGGGGAGGGA